CUGUAAGGUGAUCCACAAGCUUUGUUUUCUAUUUAAAAGCAGCCAUUAGUUACGAAAAUGAGGUUUCGUAUUCUUAAAAAGAAUCUGUUUGUUGCAUUGGGUCUCUCAUUAAUAUUUGUAACGGUCAUGUUUUCAACACGUGUUUUAAUAUCUGGCGACAACACAAGUAGUGUCGUUCAUGAGAACGUUUUACCUGGAGACACGACGUUUCAAUUCGACUCCGUACAGGACAUGAAAACCUCGGUUUACAACGGCAAUUAUAAACAAAACAUUCAGAACAGAGAUACGUUUUCCGGGGAACCUCAGCUGGUUAUAGUGAUUCAGGUUCACAACCGACCAGACUACCUCAAAAUACUAAUAAAGUCGUUGGAAAAAGCAGCUGAGGUCCACAGUUUUCUGCUUAUUUUCAGCCAUGACUAUUUUUCAGAGGAAAUCAAUAGCAUUGUGCAGGGGAUAACCUUCUGCAAAGUCCUGCAAAUCUACUUCCCCUUCAGCACUCAGCUGUAUCCCUCAGAGUUUCCUGGACAGGAUCCAAGAGACUGCCCGCGAGACCUGUCCAGAGAUGAGGCUGUUAAGGCGGGAUGUGUUAACGCUGAGCAUCCUGACUCCUAUGGCCACUACAGAGAGGCCUCCAUUACUCAGACCAAACACCACUGGUGGUGGAAGCUGCACUUUGUGUGGGAGCGAGUGCAGGCACUGCAGGGAUACAGCGGCUUCGCUAUCUUCCUAGAAGAAGACAACUACAUCUUACCUGACUUGUAUCACCUGUACAAGGACAUGUUAGCCUUCAGGAAGACCAGCUGCCCAGACUGUGACAUGCUGGCUGUGGGGAACCACGACAGCUUGUCAGCGGACUUCUUCAAGCUGUCUGACAAGGUGAGGACCACGGGUUGGAUGUCCACCAAGCACAACAUAGGCAUGGGCAUCUCCAGGGAGGUGUACUACAAGCUGAUGAGCUGUGGGGACGACUUUUGCUCCUACGACGACUACAACUGGGACUGGACUCUGCAGCACCUGUCGGGCGGCUGCAUAGCCAAGCCUCUGAAGGUGCUGGUGACCCAGGGGUCCAGGGUCCUCCAUACCGGAAACUGCGGCCUGCAUCAGAAGGAGAACUGCCGGCCAGAGUGGGCCCUACAGAAAGCAGAGGAAUUUCUCCAGCAGGCAAAGGACUCCCUCUUCCCACAAUCCCUUGUGCUGACCGUGGCCGAGCCGGUGGAGCACAAGGUCCAUGUGAAGAACGGCGGGUGGGGGGACAUUAGGGAUCAUAUUCUCUGUAAAAACUAUGCCAAACGUCUCUAAAACCAUGAGUGCUUUUCUUUGAUCUCACGUCGUAUGGGAUGUACCGAGGAAAAUAAAGGCCAUUAUUACUUGUUCUAUUCAGGGUUUCCAGAGGUUGCAGCCUGUUAGGAUUUGUGUCUGCGAUCGUCCAAAAGAUGGGAUGUGUUUUGAAGACGGUUUCAACUGCAGCUCAUUUAAAGCAUGUUGAUGUUUCUGCCAAAGAUCUCAGUCAUUUUGUCAUGCGUUGUGCACACAUGCACGUUUUAAUUUGUAGCUUUUUCCCCGUCCGGUUUCCCUUUAGUUGGGUUAAUAAGAAUUCUUAAGCUUACUUAAUGUGUUAAAGGGGCAUGUAAUGCUCCUGCAUCAGUUAGGCAUAACGGUAAACAUUCCUGAACAAUUUGCCAAAUAGUGUGCUAACUGGUUUGCUUAAACGUGGGAUUUCUGUAUUGGUACACAUGCUGCUUACUGUAAAAACUAAAGCAAAGAUGCAGACACUAUGACAUAUGCUCAAUGCCAUGUUUGGAAGUGACACAGAUAAAUUAUUGCUAUUUUGCCACUAAGUCGGUGCUCAGGUUGUCGUGGACUCUCAAUAAACAUGACAGUACUUAUAUA